CAUGGAUUAACGGUAACGGUAAAUCUCCGUCGCUUCUACAGUAUUUCAGGUUAGCUUAGCAUAGUUCCAGUAACGGUACAGUAGGGAGGUUCCAGUGGGAGCGCGUGAAGCGCAACACGGUGUGCAGAGCUGCAGGAAUCAUGGGAUCCGUAUUCCUGUCGGCGGACGCAGCCCACGCCGUGCUGAGGAGGCUCCCGAGGGCCAACUUCCUACUAGAGGAGAUGAAGCAGGGGAACAUCCAGAGGGAGUGCAGGGAGGAGAUCUGCAGCUACGAGGAGGCCAGAGAGGCUUUCGAAAACGACGAGAAAACGAGACGAUUCUGGGAGGAGUACCAGCGCGAGAGCAGCCCCCGCCCCGGAGGCUUCCAAAACAUCAUGGGCGGGGCCAACUCUCUCUACCUGGUCCUCCCUCUGCUGAUGCUGGUGCUGCUCAUCGUCGCCGUCACGUUCACCGCCUGGAGGUGCCACUCGCGCAAACGAUCCCAGCGCAGCCCCGCCGUCGUCUGGGGCCAGAGGGACCCGCAGCUCGCCGUGGUUUCCGUGGACCAGUGGGGGCAGGGCUACCCGCCCGGACCCGCCUACCCGGGCCACGACGUCACACCCGCGCAGAUCGACGCCGCGGACCCGCCCCCUUCCUACGAGGAAGCCGUGGGUCACACGGACGUACGCAUCGAGGCCGACGCCCCGCCCCAGUACGAAGACAUUGUCGGGGGCGGCGCCGACGACGUCGUGAUGGCGCAGGCGAAGUGAAGCCAGGUCCAGGCGCAGUACGCUACAGCAUAUCUAUAUGCACCCGAAUUCUCAAGGCGAAUUUCAGUCUGCUUCCGCAAUACUAAGAGAAACUGCCUCAGAUCACCAGCUGUACCCGUCAUGGCAGAGUUUACUGUUAAUCUAGAUAUCUUAGUACCAGCAAACACAGUGUUACAUCCCCCAUCUAAUGUGAAUUUAAAUAGUAAACCAGUGAACCAGUUACACAAA